AUGUCUACUCAGUACAAUGCAAUCCGAGCACCUUACGAUGAGCUCAGAAAAGGGUACCUAUCCAUCAUUGAGCGAGAGAAUGUACGCGAAGCUGUGGCUCCGUACAUCAAGGGGGCGAAAGUACUCGAACUCGCAUGCGGGUCAGGCUUUUAUACUACAUACCUUGUAGAAUGGGGGGCCAGCAGAGUGCUGGCAGCCGAUAUUUCCAGCGUCAUGCUGGAAGAAGCGCAGCGGGCAGUUGACAGCGCGGGAUUUGGGCCUAAAGUGACUCUUCUAGAAGCCGAUUGUGGGAAGCCCGAGGAAUAUGCCGGUGGACCGUUCCAAGUUGUGGUCGGUGGCUGGAUCCUCAACUAUGCAGCAAACAUCGAAGCCUUGACUCAGACGUUUCGCAACAUUGCCAUCAAUCUCGAAGAGGGGGGCGUCUUCAUCGGCGUCACGCCGCCGCCGACCAAUGACCCUGUCGCCUUUUAUGAAGCUGAGAACCGUGUCCGGCCCGCUCCCCGGGGCUCGGGGCUACUUGUGAGCCAUUCUACUGGCACAGUGGAAGACGGAGUCACGGUUCAUAGGCAUGCCGAUACGUCUGCCGGCGUCGUCGAUUUUGAUACAUACCACUUGCGGCGGGAUACAUAUGAAAGGGCCGCCAGAGCUGCAGGUCUCCAAGGAAAGUUUGAGUGGAGCACCACGAAAGUGCCUGUUGAUUUCUUGGAAAACCCCGCUGGCGGCGCCAGUAGAGAAGAGCUUGAAACUUAUGGCACGGUUCCGCACUACGGUAUUCUGGUGAUAUCGAAAGAUUGA